AUGGCGUUAUACACCGGUUACGACGGCUGGAGAGACCGUCGGGUGUUUAUGGAGAGAUUGGCCCGCAAUCUGUGCAUCCCUUCCGAUGAUAAUAAGUACUUCAGAAUCGCUGUUGUGUUGAAGUUUUUGAUACCGUUUUCCAUUAUUAUUCCCCUUUAUAUCGGAGUUUAUAAGAAAUCAAUUGAAUACCAGAAUCGUAUUUUAAGGCAACAAACAUUUAUUAGGAGAGAUGUGAUAUUGAGGCGAGAGUUUCGUGUGGCCCGCAGUUUGGCCGUAAUUACGGCUGUGUUUGCCAUUUGUCUGUUGCCGUUGAACGUCAUGUUUCUGGUCACUGACGCCAAGACUAUACACUUGAAACCCAUGCAUGCGAUCAAUAGCCAUCGAUCGAUACCUUUCGGUCACAAGAAAGGAGUACUCAUUAAACAAAAACAGGAUCUACUUGUGGGCAAUGAUUUGCUUUUCGUGGACAUUCCCACUACUCAUCAAUAUGUGGCCAAUGCUGGGCUGGAGAGACCGUCGGGUAAAUCACUUGAAUACCAGAAUCGUAUUUUAAGGCAACAAACAUUUAUUAGGAGAGACGUGAUAUUGAGGCGCGAGUUUCGUGUGGCCCGCAGUUUGGCCGUAAUUACGGCUGUGUUUGCCAUUUGUCUGUUGCCGUUGAACGUCAUGUUUCUGGUCACUGACGCCAAGACUAUACACUUGAAACCCAUGCAUGCGAUCAAUGCUGUCGUUUGGCUCCUGUAUCUCAAUUCAACACUUAAUCCCAUUCUCUAUGCCUUACUUAAUAGGGAUUUUCGUAUUAUUGCUAAAGAGCAGCACAGAUGA